AUGGGUCGCGUCAGAACUAAGACCGUCAAGCGCUCCGCUAAGGUCAUCAUCGAGCGUUACUACCCCAAGCUCACCCUCGACUUCGAGACCAACAAGCGUAUCUGCGAUGAGGUCGCCAUCAUUGCCUCCAAGCGUCUUCGCAACAAGAUCGCCGGUUACACCACCCACCUGAUGAAGCGUAUCCAGCGUGGUCCCCUCCAGGAGGAGGAGCGUGAGCGCAAGGACCAGUACGUCCCUGAGGUCUCUGCUCUGGAUGUCUCCCAGACCGAGUCCGGUCAGCUCGACGUUGAUGCCGACACCAAGGACUUGCUCAAGUCCCUCGGCUUCGACAACCUCAAGGUCAACGUUGUUACUGUCUCCCAGCAGCAGCAGGCUGACCGCCCCCGCCGCUUCGGUCCUCGCUAG